ACGGUUCCACUAGCAAUUGUUGGUUUGUUUUGUUAUUUUUAUUAAAAGUGCGAAUAUGUCGCAGACUUUCGAAUCUACGGAAACCGUGACAAUAGAAGCCCUCGACUUCAUCUAUGAGGAUGAAAUGGAAUUGAUGAACAUAAAACCAAAGCCUAAGAAUCAGGUUGAGGUCAAUCCUGUAAAAUUAAAGAGACUGACGUGCAACUUGAAAGGAUGCACUUAUUCUACGGACAGGAGGAGAGACUUAAAGCGCCACCGGCGCUCCCAGAAACAUCUGCCCGAAGAUAUCUGCUCCGACUCCGAAACCGAAAUAGAUCGGUCUCUGUUUUGCUGUAAGGUGUGCGAGUACACUACUGCCAGCCGAUAUUGCUAUUUGCGGCACAAGGGAUCGAGGCGUCACAUUAUGAAGGAGUUGAACGAAUGCGAAAAACUGAUAGACGAGACCGAUGAUGCAGAAAGUCAUAAUAAAAUUGUUUCAGAGUCGGACGUCUCACAAGUUAUCGGCGACAUUCUGUACUCUUGCACACCUUGCAAUUUUAACACUACUAAAAAAUCCUGCCUAGAAAUACACACUAGCACCCAGGCUCACAAGGAUGUCUUGCAUAGCGUCCUGGAGCCGAACGACUACAUUGAGUAUAUUUCCCAGGAGAAGGGACAAAUGAUUGAGCCAUCAGAAAAGUCUGCGGAGAUCGAGGACGAAUACUACGCCUAUAUAGACGAAAGCAGCUCAACAAUGAAAUGCGCGCCCUGCGAAUACAUAACUGCCAGAAGAUUUUGCUUUGUUCGGCAUCUGCGGUCGAUGAGGCACAUGGCUAAAAUUCAAGCACACAUUGAUGCUCUGGAGGAAAAAAAUGACUUUGAGCAAGUAGAUGAUUUGAUUGCAGAAAAUCUAGAUGUAAUCGAUGAGUCUUCUUUGGUGGAGGAAUUCGAUGGAGGGGAGGAUAAGCAUGACUUGCAGGAGCAAUAUGAAGUGGAGGAUAUUGAUGUCUUGACAGAAAUUGAUGACCUGGAAGGGCAACACGAAACUGAGGAUAUUGAUUCUCUAGUGGAGGUGGAUGGACAGGUUCAUAGAGAUUCUGGCUUUGAACGGAUAGAAUACGCACCUGGGGAAGAAUCUGUUUACGAGGAGAUCGUUUACUUGCCCGCCGAAGACAACACCGAAGAGAUUUGCUAUUUCCUAGCGCUUAACAAUAACUAGAUUUCAAAGAAACUUGUUUUGUUAAACAGAAGAUACAAAUGUCAUCCACCGAUUCUGGCUCAACUAAAUGCCAAACAUAUUUGUUGAAGUUUUCAAUAUAAAAAAUUUAAGUACA